GAAGACUGCGAGGGUCAGGAACAAGGUGGCACGGAGGACGAGAGGUGGCGGCAGCGUCCGGGGAAGAGCCAAAGAGGAGGGCGGGAGAACACCCGUCAGUGUGAGAGCCAGCUGGGUUCAUCCCUUCCCCUUUCUGAGCAUCAGUUUCCUCAGCUGUGAAACCAGAAUCAACAGCUGCUGGAGCUCGAGCCUUACCCGGGUUCCCCUUCCCAGCACCUGCCCCUCCUCCGGAGCACUGGUAGCUCCUCCUCCUCGCACCUGCCCAGAGGUCUCAGGACAGAGGGCAAUGCCAGGAAGCUGGUGAAGGCUUUCUUCUCCUCCUCCACCAUGGUCGACGGUGUGAAGUAUGAAGUGGCCUCCCAGCACGAGAGGGACGCCUCCCCUCUGGCUGAUGAGGCCAGCCCCAGGUCAGAGCAGGUAACGCUGAAGAAGGAGAUCUCGCUGCUGAACGGCGUGUGCCUGAUUGUGGGGAACAUGAUUGGCUCAGGCAUCUUUGUCUCCCCCAAAGGCGUGCUCAUAUACAGUGCCUCCUUUGGCCUCUCCCUGGUCAUCUGGGCUGUCGGGGGCGUCUUCUCUGUCUUUGGGGCCCUUUGUUAUGCGGAACUGGGCACCACCAUUAAGAAAUCUGGGGCCAGCUACGCCUACAUCCUCGAGGCCUUCGGGGGACUCCUUGCCUUUAUCCGACUCUGGACCUCACUCCUCAUCAUCGAGCCCACCAGCCAGGCCAUCAUCGCCAUCACCUUUGCCAACUACAUGGUGCAGCCAAUCUUCCCGAACUGCUUAGCCCCCUAUGCUGCCGGCCGCCUGCUGGCUGCUGCCUGCAUCUGUGUCUUAACCUUCAUUAACUGUGCCUAUGUCAAGUGGGGAACCCUGGUACAAGACAUUUUCACCUAUGCUAAAGUACUGGCACUGAUCGCGGUCAUCAUCGCAGGCAUUGUUAGACUUGGCCAGGGAGCCUCGACUCACUUUGAGAAUUCCUUUGAGGGUUCAUCAUUUUCAGUGGGUGACAUUGCUCUGGCACUGUACUCAGCUCUUUUCUCCUACUCUGGCUGGGACACCCUCAACUACGUCACUGAAGAGAUCAAGAAUCCUGAGAGGAAUCUGCCCCUCUCCAUUGGCAUUUCCAUGCCUAUCGUUACCAUCAUCUACAUCUUAACCAAUGUGGCCUAUUACACCGUGCUCGACAUGAGGGACAUCCUGGCCAGCGAUGCUGUUGCUGUGACUUUUGCAGACCAGAUUUUUGGAAUAUUCAACUGGGUCAUUCCAGUGGCAGUUGCAUUAUCUUGCUUUGGUGGCCUCAAUGCCUCCAUUGUGGCUGCAUCUAGGCUUUUCUUUGUGGGCUCAAGAGAAGGCCACCUCCCUGACACCAUCUGCAUGAUUCAUGUUGAGCGGUUCACACCAGUGCCGGCUUUGCUCUUCAACGGUCUCAUGGCACUGAUCUACUUGUGUGUGGAGGACAUCUUCCAGCUCAUUAACUACUACAGCUUCAGCUACUGGUUCUUCGUGGGGCUCUCUAUCAUGGGUCAGCUCUAUCUGCGCUGGAAGGAGCCUGCUAGGCCUCGUCCUCUCAAGCUCAGCCUUUUCUUCCCCAUCGUCUUCUGCCUCUGCACCAUCUUCCUGGUGGCUGUUCCACUCUACAGUGAUACCAUCAACUCCCUCAUCGGCAUUGGCAUUGCCCUCUCAGGCUUGCCCUUUUACUUCCUCAUCGUCAGAGUGCCGGAACACAAACGACCUCGUUGCCUCCGCAGGAUUGUGGCAUCUGCCACGUGGUACCUCCAGGUCCUAUGUAUGUCAGUUGCUGCAGAGAUGGAUUUGGAAGAUGGAGGAGAGAUGCCCAAGCAACAAGAUCCCAAGUCUAACUAAACACCACAAGAAAUCUUAAGAUGUGGAAAGCAGGGGCCUCUUAUCUCCUACUGGCUGGCACCAAGGAAGUUGAAAACGAAAGCUCACUUCUUUGGAGGCACCUGUCCGGAAGCUUCCUAGGCAGCUUCCACAGCCUAUGAACUUGCUGAGAUGGAGAGUAAUUUAUUAUUUUUUUUGCUACACAUUGUUCCAGAUUUAACGGGAUGACACAGCAGACCACCGUGGGGAGCGUGCCAGGUGUGGGCGUGGACGUGCCAGGAGCACACUCCCAUGCUGAUGUUCACUCACCGCCAGUGUGCCCACCCACUCCUCUUUUCCAGGCAGAAAGACCCAAUCAUCCUCCCAACUUCCUCUCUCCAUUAGAGAGACGUGAAACUGUCACAGGUGCUAGACAAUAAAAGGGUAUGUUCCUGA